AUGCGCCACCCCAAACCCAGUCCAGUAUCGGUGCUCAUCUUGUUCCUCAUGGUUGUGACUGUCCUCCUCGAAGCGGCGACGGGCACUGGGUCGGGACUCCUGGAUGACCUGCCACAGACCUUCGAAGGCUUGGAUCUGCUCCACCAGCGUCUCGAGUGGCUCGAAUAUGCCACACCCGCCAUGUUGCGGGACGAAGCCGAACCUGCGGUGCAACAGGAGCCGCUGCACGCCGUCACUCAGAGACGUCCAGACUUCGGAUCCAUCGACGAGCCGGGCUCGGCAGGUACUGCAUCGCCGCAAGAACCUGUUGCAGCUUCCAGUCACACAGACGCUGCGAGUAGGCCACCGACCCAUGGCGAAGCUAGCACUGGCGUCUCCGAACCUGCGACACAAAGGACGGCGGUGGAAGAACUCGACAUCCCGAGAGGAUCCGGGCUCGCGUUUGGCAGCGACGAGCUGGCUGCUAUCGUCGUCAGGGAUAUCGAGGAGCGCGUGAGGGAGCUGACGCCCCCAGGAGGAUCCCGUCGCGAGCCGGUCGUCCGCAUGCAUCAGAUCCCAGCUGGCAAACGCCCAUCGGAAAGAGUCAAGAUGGCGGCCCACAACAUCUUCAUCUUCCAGGCCCAGCGCCGCGCCAAGUCGCGCCUGCUGGAAGACAUCAUCAUCCCUGGCAGAUGCCGGAUCAGCUUCUCGUACAUCUUUGGCCAGGAGCGAGACAGCCCUUCCUUCCUGUUCGACACCGUCGCCUUUCCCUACAGAGGAUCCGGCAUGGGCAAGACGUACAUCGGCAUCCUGGAGAUCCAGAAUCCUCCUCCGCAAAUCGAGACCGUGGGCUUCCAUCCGACCCUCAUUAGCAGGCUGCAGGCGCUGGAACGCAAGAAUAUGGCGCUCGAAGAGGGCGCCGGUCGCCCGGACUGCAUGACCAUGUUUGCCCGUCCUGCGCUGUAG